CAUGGCGGAUCGUUCUCGACGCGAAAAGAAGUCUAAGCUUGAUCGUCUGGCAGAGUACAAGCGUGCCAGACAAGGUGAAAAACGUGUUCUGAAGGAAGAGGAUGAGAAGCUUUACGACGAAGUGACCGAGGACCAGUAUCGCAGCAUUGUAAAGGGACGUUUAGAACGCGACGACUUUGUUGUCGACGAUGGCGCUCAUGGUUAUGUCGACAAUGGUAUGGAUGACUGGAUUGGUGGUGAAGAGAAGGGCGAGGAAUCCGAUGACGAGGAGGAUCGCAGGAAAGCUACUCGUAAGAAGUUAAAGGCAGAGCCCAUGAAAGCAAAAGCAAAACCGCGUCCACCUCCCGAAACUGCACCCUCAAUCAGCGCCUAUCGUCCUGUCGUUUCUGCAGAACAAGAAGAGGACUUCAUGUCUUCUAUACUUGGAAACAUGGAUAAGAUCGUUUCUAAACCCCUCCCCAGCAAAACCUCUCGCAAACGCAAACCUUCUCCCCCCUCUGACUCGGAACCGGACUCACCUCCCAAGCGCACCGACCUCAAAUCAUAUCGACGAGAGCCAUCAUAUGGCGACUUCUCCUCCGAUGGCCCUACGGAAGAAAAUCACUUUCCGUCAAGCGACGAAGCGUUUACGAGUCCCAACAAACGAGCUCGGGUUGAUGAAAAUGGCAUGGCACCAGCUACUGAGCGUCUGAAGAAUCUGGACGUGCAUAGCAGCUCAGAUGACUUCGACGCGUCGUUCGACGACAUUGACAUGGACGCCUAUAUGGAUAUGGAUAUGGACGUUGACAUUAAACCCGCGGUGAAGAAGGAGGAAAUAGAACCCACAAUAAGCAGGAAACCCAUUGCAAAACCCGCACCAUCGAAGAAGAAAGAGGACCCCGAUGCCAAACCUGCGUGGUUGUCGGUCUAUGAUUCUCUGGCGGUCGAAACAGAAGAUACACUUGGGCCACUGGCGAAUACCUCAAACUCUACAGCUUCCGCAAGCAUUUUAGCACUGGAGUCAGAUGGCUCAUUGCGUUUCUUCUGGUUAGACUACCUUGAGCUCGAUGGAAAACUCUACUUCAUCGGAAAGCUGAAGGACAAGACAACCGGAACGUGGGUAUCAUGUUGCGUCACGGUGGAGGGGAUCCAACGCAACCUAUUUGUGCUACCACGCGAGAAGCGCGUCGAGAUGGACGAAGAAGGUGACGUCCAUGAGACAGACAUAAUCCCUUCCGCAGAAGACGUGCACGACGACUUCGACAUGAUACGCAAGCAAUUAAAGAUCAAGUCGUGGCGGGGCAAGUUUGUCAAGCGUAAAUAUGCUUUUGGGGAAAAGGAUAUCCCGCGAGGCGAAAGUCAGUGGAUGAAGGUGGUCUACGGGUUCAAUGCAAGCGCAUGUAGCCAAAACAUUGCACAAAUCAUGGGAACGAACACCAGUGCGUUUGAGCAUCUGGUUCUUAAACGAAAGAUCAUGGGUCCCUGCUGGAUUCAGAUAAAGAACCCAAGGGUCGACAAUGCUGGGAUUUCGUGGUGCAAGCUCGAGGCAACCGUAUCGAAUCCUAAAGAUUUUAAUCCAUUUCCUGAAACCGAUCCCAAUGCUCCGAAGGAUAUCCCGCCUUUGAAUAUCAUGAGCUUGAGCGUACGAACUGUCGUUAAUCAUCAAGAUAACAAGAGGGAGGUCGUAUGUGUAACAGCAAGAAUUUGGCAUAACGUGAACAUCGACGACAACACUCCUCCAGAACAGCUCAAAUGCACGGUUCAUACCUUCGUCCGGCCCCUGGAUCAAUUCCCUCCAAAUUUCGAAAGACAAGCAAAGGUCAACGCGAAAGGGUCGAUCACUCCAACGAAGAACGAGCGAAUGCUGCUUAGCAGCCUCUUGGUGACUAUAUAUAAAUCUGAUCCCGACAUCAUCGUCGGCCAUGAGUUCCUUGGAGUGUCGCUAGACGUGUUGCUACACAGAAUGCGAGACCUCAAGGCUGAUCAUUGGUCGAGGUUGGGGCGGUUCCGCCGGUCGAAGUGGCCGAACAUUGGAAAGCAGGGGUCAAAUCUCAGAUUUUUGAACGGCCGCCUCCUAUGUGAUCUUGCGAGCGAUAGCGCGAAGAGUAUGAUUUCAUCGACAACAUGGUCGUUGACGGAAAUGUGCAAGACACAUCUGGGCUUCGAACGCGAAGAUCACGAUCCUGACGAUACUGCAAGCAAGAUGGAUAGUGGUGUUUCCUCUCCAGAAACCAUGCUUAAGUUCGUUCGGCACUGUGAGCUCGACGCCCAUCUCCAGAUGGCGAUCGCGUCCAAGGUGCAGAUUUUACCUCUAACAAAGCAAUUAACGAACCUUGCGGGAAACUCCUGGAUCAAAACCUUGAACGGAGGACGAGCCGAACGAAAUGAAUAUAUUCUGCUUCAUGAGUUCCAUCGCCUCAAGUACAUCUGCCCAGAUAAAACGUAUGGAAAGAAGGCUGUGGUCAAGGAAGAACCCGAAGAAGACGGAGUAGAAGGUGGCUCCAGCAAGAAAACGAAAGGAAAGCGCGACAAGUACAAGGGCGGUCUCGUGUUCGAACCAAAGCGAGGUUUAUGGGACAAAUACAUCCUCGUUAUGGACUUCAAUUCUUUGUAUCCCAGCAUCAUCCAGGAGUAUAACAUCGACUUCACGACUGUCGAAGCGGUCGAGCAGGAUGCGAACGAGGAGGAAGAACGGCAGGCUGAACCACCUUCGUCAGAUAUCGCGCAAGGAGUUCUUCCGCGACUGAUUGCUACUCUAGUCAGCCGUCGGCGGCAGGUCAAAUCGUUGAUGAAGGGUCGAAUCUCCGAUGCGCAACGAUUGCAGUACGACAUCAAGCAACAAGCAUUGAAGUUGACAGCUAACAGUAUGUAUGGGUGCCUAGGAUUCGAAUAUUCUAGGUUCUAUGCGCGUCCGUUGGCGGCCCUUACAACCUUCAAAGGCCGAGAAAUUCUGACACAUACGAGAGAGCUAGCAGAAUCUCUUAACCUCGAGGUCGUAUAUGGAGAUACAGAUUCGGUGUUCGUCAAUUCAGGCGAAACCGAUUUCGACAAGGCAUUGAAAAUAUCCGCAACGUUCAAGAAAGCAGUCAACGACCGAUACAAGUUGCUGGAGAUCGAUCUAGACGGCGUUUUCCAGCGUCUUUUGCUGCUGCAAAAGAAGAAAUAUGCCGCUGUUAAGGUGGAAGACGGGACUCGGACGACUAUAGAAGUUAAGGGUCUUGACAUGAAACGCCGAGAGUACUGCGCCUUGUCAAAGCAAGUUUCGCGGUAUGUUCUUGACCAAAUUCUCUCUGGAGAACCAACGGAAAUUGUGGUUGAAAAUAUCCAUGAGUAUCUUACCAACGUUGGCCAAAACGUGCGGGGUGGAGCUGUGAAGAUGGAAGAAUUCAUCAUUUAUAAGCGUCUUGGCAAAAACCCUGAAGACUAUCCAGAUGCGAAGAAUCAACCUCACGUCCAGGUUGCUCUGCGGAUGAAGCAAAGAGGUGGCUCCGCCAGGAAUGGAGAUGUUAUUCCAUAUAUCUUUUGCUUGCCUGAGGGGGAAGAAUCCACGAAGACCGGGCAAGCAGAUCGUGCAAAGCACCCCGACGAAAUCCGAAAAGCAGACCCUCCUAUCACCAUCGAUUAUACGCAUUACCUGUCGCAGCAAAUCCUCCCUCCGAUCGAGCGUCUUUGUGAUCCCAUUGAAGGAACCGACAGGGCUCGUUUGGCUGAAUGUCUCGGCCUGGAUCCUAUGCGUUAUCGCUCAUCAGUUGCUGCGAGCGAUUCCGAGAGUGCGCUCCAUUCCUCGUUCGAUGCCGCCAUUGCCAAGGGCAGCUCUCUUUCCUUCCUCUGGACGACUCUAGGGCAAACCUUCUCCUUCCAACUGGCCCAACGUGUCCUGCCUGCUCAAAGACCAUCACCUCUGGAAGCCUUCAAGCCCAAUUA